AUGUCUGCUGCCAGCUGUCUACUAUAUGAAGAUCAGUUUCGUUGUUCCAUCUGUCUGGAUGUGUUCACUGAUCCAGUCAGCACACCUUGUGGACACAACUUCUGCAAAACCUGCAUCACUCAGCACUGGGAUGAAAAUGACCAAUGCAAGUGUCCCCUGUGUACGGAGAUAUUCUACUCUAGACCGAGGCUGAGGAUCAACACUUUCAUCCGUGAAAUGGUUGCUCAGUUCAAACAUGAAGCUCAACACGGAAUGAAGACAGAGGAUGAAAUUCAGCAGAUGAUCCAGAAGAGACGACUGAAGAUUGAGGAGGUUAAAGAGUCAGUGAAGAUGAGUAAAGUUGCUGCAGACAGAGAGAAAGCAGAAGGUGUUCAGGUCUUCACUGCUCUGAAGGAGUCUGUUGAGAGAGGCCUGGACCAGCUCAUAAAGGAGAUUGAAGACAAACAGAAAGCAACAGAGAAACAGGCUGAAGGUUUCAUCAAAGAUCUGGAACAGGAAGUCUCUGAGCUGAUGAAGAGGAGCUCUGAGGUAAAGCAUCUCUCACACUCUGAAGACCACCUCCACCUCCUCCAAAGCUUCUCCUCCCUGAAAGCUGCUCCACCCACCAAGGACUGGACAGAGGUCAGCGUCCGUCCACCAUCAUAUGAGGGGACUGUGGUGAGAGCUGUGACUCAGCUGGAGGAGACACUCAGUAAAGACAUGAAGAAACUGCUUGAGGCUGAGCUGAAGAGGGUCCAGCAGUAUGCAGUGGAUGUGACUCUAGAUCCUGAUACAGCACAUCCUCACCUCAUCCUGUCUGAUGAUAAAAAACAAGUUCAUGACAGUGAUGUAUGGAAGAAUCUUCCAGACAACCCAGAGAGAUUUUCGAGAUGUGUUAAUGUUUUAGGAAAACAGAGUUUCUCUUCAGGUAGAUUCUACUUUCAGGUUCAAGUUGAAGGAAAGAGUGACUGGGAUCUUGGAGUGGCCAGAGAAUCAAUCAGCAGGAAGGGAAGUAUCAAAGCGAGUCCUCUGAGUGGUUAUUGGACUUUAAGCUUCAUGUAUGGUAAUGAGUAUACAGCCAAUGUUGAACCUCCAGUGCGUCUCUCUCUUCGUUCUCGUCUUGAGAAGGUGGGGGUGUUUGUGGAUUAUGAGGAGGGUCUGGUCUCCUUUCAUGACGUAGAUACUGCAGCUCUUAUCUACUCCUUUACUGGCUGCUCCUUCAAUGACAAACUUUACCCAUUCUUCUGUCCUGAGUUGAAUGAUGGUGGUAAAAACUCUGCACCUCUGAUCAUCUGUCCCAUUUAA